AAAUCGAUACCGAUGAAAACAUACAAGUAUUAUUUCGCGCUAGUAAGAGGCGUACUAGUAGACGCGAAACCAUUCUGGUUCGGUUUCAGUGAAAUUGCUAUUUUUUUACCGCGUAACAAUUAAUCGGAACGUUUCGAGCAAUUAGCAAUUGCUUGCGCACCACAACGAAAACGAAUCGGUCGUUCGGCAGCCAACCGACCUUAAGGAUUAUCCACGCUUUCGACGGGUAUGCACGAGUACGGGAAAAACGGAAAGCCCAAAAGCGAUCGGAACCGAUGAUUAGCGGUCGGGCACAGACGUGUGUUACGCGCGGUACGGUGUUGCGAAUCAUCGAACGGUGUACGGACGCAACAGUCGUAGCCAGCCGUUGUCGCGGAUCGAACGCGAACGAUGAUCAGUGGCCGAAAAAAAGGUGAUCUACGGCCAUCCUGGUAAACGCUGGUGGCCCCGACGACGUGAGACGGCAAGGAUCGAAAUGUGCGCGAAACGGGGAAAUAAAUCACUAUCGACGGCGGUGUGUGGGAGAGAUCGGCGCGGCGGGGCGACUAAACGAGAGUGACAUGGUAGAGUUAGGAAAAAAAAAAAAAAAGAUCAUCGCGGAAAAAUUGAGAGAGAGAGAGAGAGAAUGAGAGAGAGAGAGCGAAAGAGAAUAGUUGAACAGUUGAAAUCAUCGCGCGGCGGAACGCGACGCGAAACACGACGCGAACGAUAUUUGUACGGGGCGGGAAAAAAAAAACGCGUCAACCGGUGAUGGCGUUCUUGCGACGCGUCGUGCUCCGAACGCGUGACCCGCGAGUCCGAGACGAGUAGGGGAGGUAAAAAAAACGGUCACGAUAAACGGCUCAGCGUUCGAGCACUCGACCGCCGCCGCCUCGACCGGCACUGGCGUCAGUGAGGCCGCAGAGAGCGUGGGCGUCGGUACUCGGUGUUUCGCGUCCGGUCGUGUGCAACGCGUUCCUAGCCGCCGUUCUCGACUACGAUUUUUAGUUUUCUAUUCCCACCCACCCCCGUCCACCCUCCCGCCCACCCGCCCGCGCCACGUGCAUCGAUCGCGGUCGUCAUGUCGUCGGUGAUCAACGUGCGGCUGAACGAGAAGAUGACGUUGAGGUUCGUCGAGCUGUACAGGGACCAGCGGCUGCUGUGGGACAAGGAGCACGAGGCGUACAACAAGCGCGUGGAACGGCUGCGGGCGUACCGGCGCAUAGCCGACGGCAUGGCCGUGGAGGGUCUGGGCGUGCCCGAGGUGGCCAGCAAGAUCAAGAACAUACGGUCCACGUACUUGCAGGAGCUGAAGAAGAUCAAGGACUCGGAGCAGCGGCUGCUCCAGCUGAAGCAGGAGCCCGGAGAGCAGGAGCACGAGCAGGAGGACGCCCCGUCGCCGUACGUGCCCAAGCUCUUGUGGUUCCCGAUAAUGGACUCGAUGAUCGGCGGCGCGGCCGUCAAACGCCUGUACUCGUCCCCGUCCGCCGCCGAGAUAUUGUCCGUCGAUUACGUGGAAGAAGAUUCCAGCAAUUACUUGUUUUACGCGGACAACGGCAGCGGUGACGAGGGAACGUCCACUGCGAUUAAAAGAUCGCACUCGAGCACCACAGAUUAUCCUCCGACGAAAAUAAUUCAUUACGAACAACAGCAAUCGUCGGCCGAGUUGUUUUCCAGGUACAUAAGCACAUCCCUGGAAAUGCUGCAACCACGAUUGGCCAUACAGGCCCAGAAAGAAAUGCACGACGUCCUGGUCAAGUACAAGCUGAUUGAAUACGAUCAAAGUCAACAGCGCUGAUGGUGCGUCGAGGACGGUUACACGUUCCCGGGCAUUCCGUCCGGAUACGUAUAUCCUGUCGACCCCGCUUCCCUUUACGACGCACGUUACGAAUUGCCACCGAUCGAUUUUACACAAGUCCCUUCUUUCGAGUUUCCUCAGUGAACACACCUAUGUGACAGCAAUAUCUAACGAUCGCCACCCCUCCCCCCUUACAUAAUUUGAUAUGUUUGCUACAUGUUUACCGGGAUAAAAUUAUAAAAAUUACUAAGAAUCUUGUAAUUUAUUAUUUAGAAUGAUAAC